AUGGAUACAACUGGAAGUGGUGAAGACACUAGUGCAUGGGGCAGUGCUGACUCUCUUCUGCAGGAGGUGGAGGAUGACAUGUUCCCUGCAGACUGGACCCCGCCACGGAUUGAAUUCCUCUACCAUGAUGAUCCUCCGCCUUUGAGCCCUCUUCCAGAGCCUGCAUCUGACUCUCGAAGCUCAGGGGAGAUGCCAGAUAUUACUGAAGAGGUUUUUGGACCACAAGAAUUCACAGAUGAGAUGACCUCCUCAACUCAGAGCCCCUUGGAAAUCCUCAACAAGAUAGCAGUUACACAGUUGGAAACUGAAACGAGGGAUGUAGCAGGCCCAGGACACUUUGCAUCUAGUUUCUGCCAGUCUGCAAAAGAAGAGCUUGAAGGAACCUUGCUUGUAGACCAAAUCAGCCCCCAAAAUUGGACAACCUUUAGUUCUGAAUGCUCUCCUUUACCAUCUUCCAUCCAUUUGUCAUCUCCAGCAUCCAGGAGCUCCUCCAGAAACAUUAUACCCUCCACUGAUUUUGCAGAGAAUCCAGAUAAGCUGAAUCUUGAGUUAAACUUGACAGGAGAAGUGGAUCAAGAAUGUCUAUCUUCACCAUACCAUUAUCAUCCAUCAGCAGCAACAUCUAGUAUUUCCUCGGGAAGCAGCAUCUCUGCAUCCUCUGAUGAGUUUGUAGGAGACCUGGAGGAGCAGAUGUUUGAUUCAGAUGUGGAAAGAGACAUGGGCCGAGAAUCUCUACCUUCGCAACUCCCCACCCAUCCACUGUUGGAAUCAACCAAAAUUUCUUCCGGAAGCAGCAUUUCUUCAUCCUCUGAUGAGUUUGUGGGUGACCCGCUGAAGAUGACGCUUGAUACGGAUGUGAAAAGACACAUGGAUCCAGAAUUUUCACCUUCACAACUUUCCACUCAUCCACUGGUGAUGGAAGAAGACAUUGAUGACGUAGAGGAAGACAUUGAUGACAGUGGCCUCAUAUCACUCAGAGACCUGCUUCAGACAGAUGACAUGAAUCAGAGCACUAUGGAGCCAAGCACAUUCCUGUAUUCAGGGCCAGAUGGUUACCUCAGCAGCCUGGACAAGCUCCUGGAGGAGAAAAGGGAACAAAUUCGGGAGGAUGAGGAGCUUGAACGAAGCCUAGGAGAAAAGCUAUUGCUCUGUAGUUCACUCCAUUCUGUGGAAGUAGUUGAAGAAAGUGCAGCUACACUUCCUGACGCUCACAGGUUGCUUCUGAAGCGGUUCUCCAUAAGUCUGGGCGCAAUCCCAGCUGUACAUCCUGGUGAAAGCAUCUUUGGUCUUCUUCCUUACCAGAAGACUUCUCUGGCCCUUGACACUGCUGGACUGACACCUCAGAACCAGUUGGAAAAUCUUUUUUUCAAUUCCCAGUUUGAUCAACAGAUGGUGCUCCUCCAGGAUGGCUUUCUGAUGUUCCUGUACGGUGGUGGCAAAUAUCAUUGCCCCUGUCCUGUCCGGCGUUGGCUCUUUCAGGUGAUGACUUUAAACUCAGAAGUGUCCACAGAUGCUUUCCAGGCUCUCUGGGAAAUCACUGCUUGUCAGAUCAGCUGCAAUGAUGCAGUCUGCACAGAUCUUUGGUUUCCGAAAUUGAAGGACAUCACUCAAGCUUUCUACAAUUUGGGAGUCUGCGCAUUUUCCUUGUAUCCUGCUGGGCUUGUUCCACUGGAAUUCAGACCUCAGGACUUCGAGUUUUCUGAGCAUCUGCUUGAAUUUUCCGAAAUGAAAGCUCAUAGCCUCCACCAGAAAAGUUCAGGACAGUUCACCUUGGCAGCAAUGCUUGGAAACAUAUUUAAGUUCCUGACAUUGUGUGUGGCAUCCAAUCCAGAUGCCUACCCUGAUGGUCAGCGCCUGGCUCUCCUCGCACUGCUGUGUCGGCUCAGCCUGGACAGGAGCCUGCGGAAGCAGCCCUUCUUGGAGCUCCACCAGCUGCUAUUGGUCUUACUUGAAGGCAUCCAAGCCUGGCAGGAAAAGCUGCAGGAAUUGUGCAAGUCCCUCUGCCAUGCCUCUCAGCACCAUCACAACUUGGUGGCCGUCAUGCGUCUCUUUCCUGACACCACAGACAGGGGAAGGCAGCUGCGCAGAAAUCUAAGCUUGUGCUUCAUUGCGAAGCUUCUGGGGAAGGCGGACAUGGCAACAAGCCCUUGGCAAGAAGAGAUCCAGUUGCAGCAGCUUGGCCACCUCCUCCCCCUCAUGAAGCCUUCCUUUUUGAAGCAGAACCUGCAGAGGCUUCAGAAACACCAGCAUGGGAAAGAACAGCAGGAGGCGCUGACUGAGCUUGACCAGGAGGCCUGCUACCUCUGCUAUAGCCUUCUGACAUUGGCCAGUGUGGUUGUGGGAACCCAGGCUGUGCCUUGGAGCAAGCAGGGACCACUUCAGCACCUCUGCAUCCAGCUGCAGCAGCACAUUGAUGCCAACAUCCGAGAAGACCCCUGCCUCAUAUAUCGAACUGAACUCAAGAACCUGGUGGCCCAGACGUACGUCAAAUGGCAGGAACUGCUGUCUGCGAACUGGCUCCAGGUAACGCCCUGCAGGGCGAGAGUUAAAACAUCUGAUGGGACUCUUCCCAGGGAAUCAGCACUUCUCUAAGCAGCAGCAAGAAGUUCAGCAAGGCAGGGCAGGGCUGAGGUGUGGGAGGGGGAGCAAUUGCCGCUCAGUCCUCCCCAGCCUGAAAACUUCAUCCCGAGCAGAGGCAUUUUAACAGCCGGGUUUGUAAUCUUUUGAUUUUUUUUUAAAAGGAGCAAAGUACCCGCAAAAGCUUAGCCGGCCUACCUUUGCUAUUUGUUUAGACACUCUCGCGCCUUUAAGAAGUGUGCUGGCAAAGCAGAAAGCUCCGGGAAGGGAUAUCCACCCCGCCCUGUACAGAGGAGGCCAAAAUAAAUGUCAUUUUUAA